GCCGUCCGCCGCCCCCACCGCAGCUUGUCCACCUCCUGACCCAUGAGCGGAAACCACGGUCCACGGACCACGGCUGCGUUCCAGUCCAGGUGGAGGCUGUGCAACCCCGGUUUUCGCUCGCUGCGCCGUGGUUUGCUGCCCAAGGUGGCCGGAGGUUCGUUUCGGUUUGGAUUGAUUGGUUUGAUCAGUCGUGGGGUGAGGGUCUUGGAGUCGAUUGAUCUGGGAUACUGUUAGAGGAUUUGGGGAGGGGGCAAUGGCGACCGCGGGGAAGGUGAUCAAGUGCAAAGCUGCGGUGGCAUGGGAGGCCGGCAAGCCGCUGUCGAUCGAGGAGGUGGAGGUAGCGCCUCCGCAGGCUAUGGAGGUGCGCGUCAAGAUCCUCUUCACCUCGCUCUGCCACACCGACGUCUACUUCUGGGAGGCCAAGGGGCAGACUCCGGUGUUCCCUCGGAUCUUCGGUCAUGAGGCUGGAGGUAUCAUAGAGAGUGUUGGAGAGGGUGUGACUGACGUAGCUCCCGGUGACCAUGUCCUUCCUGUGUUCACUGGGGAGUGCAAGGAGUGCGCCCACUGCAGAUCGGCAGAGAGCAACAUGUGUGAUCUGCUCAGGAUCAACACUGACCGGGGUGUGAUGAUUGGCGAUGGCAAGUCACGGUUUUCAAUCAAUGGAAAGCCUAUCUACCAUUUUGUUGGGACUUCAACCUUCAGCGAGUACACUGUCAUGCAUGUUGGUUGUGUUGCAAAGAUCAACCCUGAGGCUCCCCUUGAUAAAGUUUGUGUUCUUAGUUGUGGUAUUUCUACUGGUCUUGGUGCAUCAAUUAAUGUUGCAAAACCACCAAAGGGUUCUACAGUGGCUAUUUUCGGUCUAGGAGCAGUUGGUCUUGCCGCUGCAGAAGGUGCAAGGAUUGCUGGAGCAUCAAGGAUCAUUGGUGUUGACCUGAACCCCAGCAGAUUCGAAGAAGCUAGGAAGUUUGGUUGUACUGAAUUUCUGAACCCAAAAGACCACAAGAAGCCCGUGCAGGAGGUACUUGCUGAGAUGACCAACGGAGGGGUUGACCGCAGUGUGGAAUGCACUGGCAACAUCAAUGCUAUGAUCCAAGCAUUUGAAUGUGUUCACGAUGGCUGGGGUGUUGCUGUGCUAGUGGGUGUGCCACACAAGGAUGCUGAGUUCAAGACCCACCCAAUGAACUUCCUGAACGAGAGGACCCUGAAGGGAACCUUCUUUGGCAACUUCAAACCACGCACUGAUCUGCCAAAUGUGGUGGAGCUGUACAUGAAAAAGGAGCUGGAGGUGGAGAAGUUCAUCACACACAGCGUUCCGUUCACGGAGAUCAACAAGGCCUUCGACCUGAUGGCUAAGGGAGAAGGCAUCCGCUGCAUCAUCCGCAUGGAGAACUAGAUUUCGCUGUCUGGUUUGUGAUCUGACCUGGGUUGGGUUAAUAAAAGGGGCAAUGCUGAGCCUGCCCGUUCGAUGCGGUAGAUACAGGACCACGCUUGUGUGUCGCGUUCAGUUUGGCUUUGUCAAUCAGUAGAACAGGUUCCCGUGUCUUGUAAUUAUAUAUCGGCAUGAGUCUUAUGAACCACCAUCUUUUGGCGUAAUAUAUAUAUGGUAUGCUACCACUAUGAGUCUAUGAGUUUCAGUCUAUAAACUUCUUCUGGCC